GAGGGGAUCUUUCUUUCUUUUUUCUUUUUUUCUUUUGUGAUAGCCGGUAUCAGCAUUGCGCCAUUUACGGGUGACGGGUUAGGUUAUCCUCUUUUGUCGAGUUGUCAUAUCGUAUCGUGCUACUACUACGCUGGUUAGGCACAGUACGGUACGGGUACAGCACUCGUACAGGUUUGUUGUGGGUGCGUGCGUGCACCGUUGGUUGGUAUACGAGUAUUUAAGUCUUGAAUUCUCCUCCUGCCUCCAGCUUCCUCUGCCCAUUCUUCCUCCAGGACAACCACCACGACCGCCGACAACUCAUCCGAAACCCUCCUCCAACACGAAUACGAACUGGGUUGGAAAAAAAGAUAAGAAGGACGAAAAUGGUGGACCAGACCGACCUGCCAAAUCUCCAAUCUCACCUCCGUGCCUCCCUCCGUCAAUACCCCGACUUCCCAAAGCCUGGGAUACUCUUCGAGGAUAUCCUCCCAAUAUUCGCAUCCCCGACCCUCCAUGCGACCCUGCUGCAGGCGUUGGAAAUGCACGUUCAGUCCACUCACCCGCCCACGCUGACGCCUCCGUUUGCGGGCGUGGACGUGGUCGUGGGCCUCGAGGCGCGGGGCUUCCUCUUUGGCCCGUCGCUGGCCCUGAAGUUGGGCGCUGGCUUCGUGCCCGUGCGCAAGGCCGGGAAGCUACCGGGCGAGUGUGUGCGCGUGGCGUACGAGAAGGAGUACGGCACGGAUUGGUUCGAGAUGCAGGUGGGGGCCAUCAAACCGGGGCAGAGGGUGCUGGUUGUCGACGAUAUUAUCGCCACCGGGGGGAGUGCAAAGGCUACCGGGGAAUUGGUGGAGAUGUUGGGUGGGGUGCUCGUGGAGUAUGUUUUUAUUCUCGAGCUGGAUUUUUUGAAGGGGAGGGAGAAGUUGAAGGCUCCCGUGUAUACGCUGUUGAAGAGGCACGAGGAGGGGGUGGAGGAGGAGGAGGAGGAGGAGGAAGAGGGGGUGGACAAGUAGUGGUUAUCGGUGGUGGAUGGCUAAUGGAU